AUGGCUGUUGAGGACACCCCUUUGUCAACCUUCAAUGUUUUCAAUCCAAGUACUAUUUCACUGCCCGACACAAAAACCUCGAAACCGGUACUUCUGGAGCCUUAUCAUGUGGACUUGCUCCCUGAAUACGGAUACUUGAGUCAAGAAUUCUUGAUUUCUGGGGUAGCUCAUGGCGAAUCAUUCUGCACGCGCCUGCUUCUUCGUCGUCCAGCAGAUGUUAGCAAGUUCUCUGGGUUUGUCGUUGAGGAGCCGUCUCAUUUGUGGGGUGGAACAAGCAUUUGGCGUCACAUCAAUCGCUGGCUUAUGCGCAAUGGCCAUGCUUGGUUAGAAGUUGAUUCACAGGCUCCAUCGGCUAUUGGUAAAAUCAAAAAUGUCGAUCCUAAAAGAUACGAACAAAUGCAUUUCAUUUCAGGCCCGACUUCAGAUGAAUUCGCCGACAGUAUUCCAUUCGUGACCGAUGUUUCCAAAGAGAUGCUGACGGAAACUUACAAUGCCUUUAAAGCCAAAUGGUGGCCCGCGACCUUGCAAUCCCCCGAGAUUCUGGCAGCUGCCUCCCACACUUUGAGAUCAGGACAAUUAGGCAUAAAUGCCCGUUGGGUCGUUCUCAGUGGGCUUUCUCAAACAGGUGGAGUCACAAGACGUUUUAUCACUCAUUGUUCGCACUUGCGCCUGCCAGAUGGCGCAUAUCCCUUUGAAGGUUAUAUUCCUUGCCAAUCUGGCGGUGGUGCGCUUCCGGAUUGUGCGUCUGCCAAAAUCAUUGAGCUGCUGGGAGAAUCGGAAUUUCCAUCUGUCCGGCUACCAUGUGGUGUGAGCGGGCAGGUAGAUGGUAUAUCUCACCGACGUCCGGACAGUGAUGGUUUUCGGUUGUACGAAAUUGCGGGAAUGGCUCAUCGCGAGUCCCGCUAUGCUUCAGCAAUUGAUCUGAAGCGUUGGUCUGUGGCUAAUCUCAAGGGAGCGAAAUGGAGUACCUUUGCGAACUCUUUUAUCUAUCAUGCUGUCUUUGAGUCCAUGUUCACCUGGGUUUCCAGAGACAUGGCUCCACCGGCUAGCUCUUACAUUGAGGUCAUUGGAGAGACGGAUGAGAUCAGGCGGGACGAUCAUGGGAAUGCAAUGGGUGGCGUGCGAACUCUACAUACGGAUGCUCCGCUAUCCCGACUUGUCGCUGCAACACCGAAAGGCCGACCAAAUUGGUACUGGGGUAGCGCUAACAUUGUCCCAACUGCAGGGUCUGAAUGGACAUUCUCGGAAGACAAGUUGCGUAGUAUCUAUGGAUCGGAUUUAUCGUAUCGAUUGCAGGCUGGUACUGCUGUUGCAAGCCAGGUUCAAUCAGGCUUCUUGCUUCCAGUAGAUGCAGAGGUCCUUCGUCGGGAAACAGUGGAAAUGGUGAGCUUCUCAUAA